AUGGGCACCAAUACAACUGACGAAGAGAGCGACUACUCCCAUCGCAAGACGAUCGAGAUCCUCGACGCCUGCGAGUGGCGAAACAUCGAGGCCCUCAAGGCCCUGGCCAGAACUAGAGGCGGUUUUAUCACUGAUAGUUUGCGUCGGCGAGCAUGGCCAAUCCUCCUCGGCUUCACGGGCAACGAAGACUUCAAUGGUGUUAGCACGACCGGCAUAGACGAGAAGAUCCCAUGGAAAGACCUUCCGCGUCACAGGGAUGAGGAACAGGUCCAACUCGAUGUCAACAGGGCUUUCAUCUAUUAUCCCAACCACCAGUCCGACGCAGAACUUGAGAAAAAUAAGAGCGAGCUCUCCGACCUAAUAAUCGAGGUCCUCCGACGAUACCCAUACCUAUGCUACUUUCAGGGCUACCAUGACAUCUGCCAGGUUUUCUUGCUAGUCCUCAAGUCACCCUGGCGUGCUCGCCUCGUCUCGCGCCUCUCGGUUCUCCGCAUACGUGACUUCAUGCUCACCAACCUUGAACCGACUAUUGCGCAGCUCCGUUUGAUACCUGAUAUUCUUAAUGCGGCAGAUCCAAAAUUAAAAAAGCACCUCUCCGGCACCGAGCCCUUCUACGCCCUAGCGGGAACGCUGACAAUGUACGCUCACGACAUCCAGGCAUAUGGUGACAUUGCCCGUUUGUUCGACAUCCUCCUUACUCGCGAGCCGGUCUUCAGUGUUUAUAUGUUCGCCCAAAUAGUCCUAGACCGGCGGGGUGAGCUCUUUGACAACGAUGAGGACGACCCGUCUAUGUUGCACCUUAUCCUUUCUAAAGUCCCUCAAACGAUGGAUAUUGAAGCAUUAAUCUCGAACACCGCAGCACUCUACGAGCGGUACCCACCUGAUACUCUGCCCGCUUGGCGCUCUAUAUCUAAAGCGAGUUCCCUCAAGACAGCUCGCUCCGUUGAGUUAUGCGUGAAGCAGACGAUGGAUGAUGGGCAUGUAUACUUUCAAAAACAACUUGCCGAGCUCCGUUCUCUGGAGCGCCGGCAAAAGAUCAUGAGGGUAAUUUGGGCAUACAGAAAGGGCGCCAUUACAGUGGGUUUUGCUGCUGUCGUUAGCCUUGUGGCAGUGUAUCUAAGCCGGAAUCCCAACCCGGUAGCGCAACUGGCCGUACUAUGGACAAAGUGGACAAACGGUACAAGUUGGACAUAUACUUUCUAG